CAGGGAUUCCUAGUGUGUGAGAAGCGGCGACGGCGGAGGGGGCGGCGUGGGUGGGGCCUGGAUGCGCUCCCCGGCCCCUCUAGCCCAGUGGAGGUACAAGUCGAAGGUGUGGGGAAGCCGCGAAAAACCGGCACUGCAGCGUGCCGGAGGCCCGGGGCCUCACUUCCGGUAGAAGAGGGAAGUGUACGGGAAGGGACGGGAUCUGGAGGCGGGACCUGGAGUUUGGCCCGCCCCACUCCGUGAGGUGGGCGCUGCGGCACGCCUCUGUGGCGUCACUGCGCUGGCACCCCCUCCCGGUUUGCGUCCAAUGCUGACAGCUUCGGGCUGUGGGACGUCGCGGCCUGUGACGUCCGGAGGGCGCCUCAAGUCUUCAUCCCCAACCUCGAAUCCCGGAAAGGCAGCGUCUGGGACCGGAUUCUGAGCGCUUUCUUCCGGUCCUGCAGAGCUGAGCCUAGCCCGGGUCCCGGACCCGCGUGUCCUGACCCAGAUUCCCUCCUCACUGAAUUCUCCCUCCCCGCGCCACCGGCUGGGCCCCGGAAUGCCGGGGGUCUCCGCCCGGGGCCUCUCUCACGAAGCGAGGAGGCAGCUAGCUGUGAACCUCACCCGGGUCGUGACGCUCUACCGUUCCAUCCUGGACGCCUACAUCAUUGAAUUUUUUACAGACAACCUAUGGGGCACACUCCCUUGCUCAUGGCAGGAAGCCCUGGAUGGACUGAACCCGCCACAGCUGGCCACACUGCUGCUGGGGAUGCCUGGGGAAGGGGAAGUGGCCAGGUACAGGUCGGUGUGGCCACUCACCCUGCUGGCCCUGAAGUCCACAGCCUAUGCCCUGGCUUUUACCCGGACGCCUGGGUUUCAGACCCCCUCAGAGUUCCUGGAGAACCCCAGCCAGAGUUCCCGACUGACAGCUCCAUUCCGGAAACAUGUCAGGCCCAAGAAGCAGCAUGAGAUUCGGAGGCUGGGAGAGUUGGUGAAGAAGCUGAGUGACCUCACAGGCUGCACCCAAGUUGUGGAUGUAGGCUCAGGCCAGGGCCAUCUCUCCCGCUUCAUGUCCCUGGGGCUGGGGCUGAUGGUGAAGAGCAUUGAAGGGGAUCAGAGACUGGUGGAGAGAGCCCAGCGCCUAGACCAGGAGCUCCUGCAGGCGCUGCAGAAAGAGGAGAAGAGGAACCCACAGGUGGUCCACAUUGGCCCUCGCCACCGCCCCCACCAUGUGGUUAGGUGGGUAGACUCCACGGCCCUGUGUGAGGAGCUUCUGCUUCCACUGGAGAACUCACCUCAGAGUGAGGCCCGCUUGCUGCUGACAGGCCUCCAUGCCUGUGGGGAUCUGAGUGUUGCCUUGCUGAGGCACUUCUCCUGCCGCCCUGAGGUGGCAGCCCUGGCCUCAGUGGGCUGCUGUUACAUGAAGCUGAGUGACCCCGGUGGCUACCCACUGAGUCAGUGGGUGGCUGGGCUGCCCGGCCGUGAACUGCCCUACAGGCUACGGGAGGGGGCCUGCCACGCCCUGGAGGAAUACGCUGAGCGGCUGCAGAAAGCAGGCCCUGGCCUCCGAACCCACUGCUACCGGGCAGCACUGGAGACGGUCAUCCGGCGUGCCCGGCCCGAGCUCCGUCGGCCAGGCGUGCAGGGGAUCCCCAGGGUCCACGAGCUCAAGAUUGAAGAAUACGUGCAGCGGGGGCUACAGCGGGUGGGGCUUGACCCCCACCUGCCACUGAAUCUGGCUGCCCUUCGGGCCCACCAGGCCCAGGAGAACCGUGUGGUGGCCUUCUUCAGCCUGGCCCUGCUGCUGGCCCCACUGGUGGAGACACUGAUUCUACUGGACCGGCUGCUCUACCUUCAGGAGCAGGGCUUCCAUGCUGAGCUCCUGCCUAUCUUCAGCCCCGAACUCUCUCCGAGAAACCUGGUUCUGGUGGCUACCAAAAGGCCUCUGGGUGAGACCUUCUCUGUUCUGGAGACUGAAGACAGCUGACACAGCCUGAGGAAGGGCAUAUCUCAGACCCCAUCUGAAACUGCCAGGUACCACACUGGGUGGCGGAGUCUUCACCUCCUCAGCCAGAGAACCAGCAUCCUCCGUGGAAUCCUGGUUCCCUACAAACCUUCAGCUUCAUACCCUUUCUCUCCCUCUGUGUGUUAUGUAACAUUACGCAAAAAGUUAUUUUUAAUUUAUUAAAAAAUUGAAAUCUUUA